AGAGAUCACGCCAGGAAGCUGCAGAAUUACGGAGAGAAGGAGAAAAUGGCGGAAGGCGGUGAAUGGGAGGCGCCGCCGUACGGAGCCAUCCUGGUGGCGGUGGUAGGAGUGGCGGUGGCGCUGCCGAUGGUUCUGGGGGACCCGAGCGUGGUGCUCGAGUCGAUCCAGGAGAUGCUGAGCCCCUCGGCCCUCCUCCUCAUACCGCUCCUCCUCCUCUUCCUCAUCCGCUUCCUCUCCUCCGAGCGCUGCGCCGUCAUCUCCGACGCGAUCGCUGCCGUCAGCGAGCCCAACUCCAUCCACCGGAUCGGCGGAUCCCCCGUCGGCGUCGCCAUCCUUCUUCUCGUCCUCCUCCUUGUCGUCUACUUCCGCUCCCUCCUUAGCGGCGGCGGCGACGACGAGUAGUCUCCGUCGAAGCGGUCGCCGGCCAGCUCGUCGUCUUAUCCGGUCCACUUCCUUCUCGUCCCGGUGAAGGUAAUACGUAUAUUGCAAAAUUGCCCCUGCAUCAUCUGUGAUAGAAAAGAUUAGAUUACAGAAGUAGCCUAUUGUUUCUCGUCAAGGACGGAAGACGCCUUCAACUCGAACUGGACGAGAAUGCCCCUAGUCGUCGUUUACAACCUUUCAUGUUUCAGAGCCCUUUUGCUUGUCCGCUAACCUGUAAGCUCUGUGAAGUUCGGGAAUUUUCUUUUAUUUUAUUUGUGCAUAGUAAAGAAACUAUUAUUGACUUGUGAUGUAUUUAAAAUAACAGAAAUAAAAGAAAAAAUGUGGUCGA